GCAGUGUCAGAUGAGUAGAAGUCCACCUGUUUUAACAGAUAUGGAGAUCUCAUUUAUGCUCUUACUGGCAGUUACUUUAUCCUGUCCUGUUCAAACAUCUGUCAAAACCUGCAGACCCAAUCAGUUCAGCUGUGGUGACACAAAGUGUGUGCCUAUGGCAUGGAAAUGCGAUGGUGAUAGUGACUGUCUGAAUGGUGCAGAUGAGGAAGGCUGUGUCACUCAAGGUGAAGCAGCGGCAAUCACAAGCCAGAACCAAACGGCACAAAGUGAAGAUGAAUGAAGGGCAGCAUACAGAUGACAUCUGUGGCAAGUACUUCAGAGACUGAGACACGGAAAGACCCUCUAACCAACAUUACUAUGAAGCUUACUGGAUAAACAGUAUGAAGUGUUGACAUUGGAAAUGAUAAAAUUAUAAACACAAAAACUUAAAUUAGAGAAAACUAAACUGAAGGUGGAGCUACACAACCUUGGAUAAGGAGUGUAGAUCUCAUUAACCACUGAAUGCAAGAAUUAAUUCAUCAGUUAAUAGUGUGUUACUGUAAGGCAUUUCUGCAUAGAGUAAUGCUAAUCUAAAUUAAAAUCUUGUUCUAAAUUUAUCAUUAUAAAUGAGCUAUUUUAUUGUU